AUGAGCAUUGAGCAGAGGGAAUUGGGGGAGGGCAGAAGUGGGAGGAAUCCCUCCCUUGGACACCCAGCAUGGGAGGGGCUCAGCCCCCUGACCUCCCUCGCCUCGCUUCCCCUGCAGGUGGGCCUUAACAUUCUCAUCCAGCGAGCCAACCACUUCACGCCAGCCACCCGGAUCCUGAUCCAGAGAUUCGUGCCAUUUCCUGCCGUAGCAAGUGCCAACAUUUGCAACGUGGUCCUGAUGAGACACACAGAACUGGAGGAAGGGAUCGACGUCCUGGAUGGGGAAGGGAACGUCGUUGGAUCGUCCCGGAUCGCUGCCAGACAUGCCCUGCUGGAGACGGCGCUCACCAGAGUGGUCCUGCCGAUGCCGAUCCUGGUUCUGCCUCCCAUCAUCAUGUCCCUCCUGGAGAAGACGGCUUUUCUGCGCUCCCGACCUCGGCUGCUUCUCCCAGUCCAAAGCCUCGUGUGCCUUGCCGCCUUCGGCCUUGCCCUGCCUUUGGCCAUCAGCCUCUUCCCCCAGAUGUCCGAGAUCGAGACCGCCCGCUUGGAGCCGGACAUCGCUCAGGCCACCGCCAGCCUGACCGUCACCUACAACAAAGGGCUGUAAAGCCGAAGCCAGCCCAGCCCUCAGCACCCAAGACGGUGGCAGCGGUAGCAGCAGCAGCGGCGGCGGAGGCACAGAGAGGCGCGAAGGGAGGAGGGGGGCUGGUGGGGAGGGGGCGGAAUACAAUAGGAAGGAGAAGACGAGGAAGCUGUGGCUUGUAACAUCUUCCCUCCGUCAAGAACGGAGUGUAAAUUAGCACUUUCCCGAGACCCGGUAUCUCACGUUGGUCGAAAAGAUUAAUAUUUAAAGUUCUCAAUUAGCGACAGUAACAGCACAAAGAGAAGAGGGGGGGGGGGGGGAGGAAGGAGGGGGGCGGGGGUGGGGGGGGGGGGGGGGGGGGGGGCUGUUGGAAAGUCUGACUUCCUCUGGCUCUGCUGAGCUCCAGGCCAGCCUGGCAACCCACCCCUCCACCCCCAACCAGAUGUUUGGGGGUGCAGCUUUCAGGAUCCCAGGCACCCAUGGCCAAGCAGGGAGGUGCAGUCCCAGAUAGUUUGGGGACGGGGGGGGGGGAAGCAACUGCAGAACUAUGGGGAGGGGGACCGCCCUGCUCCUCCUUUCAGGCUGGAGGGCCAAGCUGCAACUCUUUUGAGUAGGCGGCUUUUCAGUCCUGGCUGGAGCUGUGAGGGUCACUUUGAUCGUAA